AAACAAAGUCAUUUCAAUUUGUGAUAAUGUUUAUUUUUAGUUCAUUACGAAAUAAAACCUAGUCUAAAUAUAUUGAUAUGUUUACCUUUUGCUCUAUUGCAAAUUAUUGCUUCUUUUCCAAGUGUGACGACUGAUAAUUUGAGACCAGAAUUCUAAUUUAGAAACAAUUGGCCUUGUGAGGAAAAAAAAAAUCAGUUAUGGCGGCAGCUUCAAGAUAUGUCCAAAAGUAUACUAGAAAGCCAAAUACUCAGGUGAAAGAUGAAUUUUUUAUCAGUACAGAUGAUGUUAAUCAAAUAAAUCAAUUUAAGGACAAGAUCGAAAAAAUGCAUCAAAUCGAGAUAAGUUUUGAAAACAAAACCGAGGAAGGACAAUGGUUGAUACUGGAAGGUGAACCUGUUGAUAGGAGAAAUGCAAAGAGCUACAUCACUGCAAUGUGUAAUCCAUUAGAGAAGAAGCAAGUCCAGUUUGCCAAGUCCUCAUGCUCCGAGUUAACUGACCCAACAACUUUAGAAUACAUAGAAAAAACUACCAAUGCUUUUAUAAGACCAUUGAAGAAAAUUGCUCAGUUUGAAAUUUCAGGGACAGAAUUAGCAGUUACUCUUGCAUUGUCACAGAUUGAAGAAUUAGCAGGGACAGCAUUGGUUGGUAAAGAUCAAUGUAAUGUUGAAGAUGAUGAUCAUGAUGAACAUGAUGGUAUGAUAAUGAUCUCCCCUAAUACCCAUAAUGCAUCAUCCAGACUUUCAACAGUAUUAGAGAGAGCACUUUCAGCCAAUAGCGACGGUAUUUGCUCGGCUGAGGAUUAUCGUAAAGUUCCACAAGCUGUAAAACGAGUACUUGUUAAUUGUCUACAAGAUGAUGAUCAAGAUGAUAUUGAUGAUGAAUUACUUUUUGCAGAUGGCACGAAGGAAAGUGGUGAUACUGAUAAUUUUAAACGUUCUAACAUAAUGAUGUUUUAUGAAGGUGAUGAGAAACCAAUAGAAGUUGAUGAGAAAACUACAGUACAAACAUCACCUGGUAUAUCAACAAUAGCUGAAAAAGUGACAGAAUUAACUGUGUCAAAUCCAAAUGCUACCACACUUUUAACAAAGCAACAAGAGUACUUACGUAGUUUUGGUAUGUCAGUAGGAUUUAAAGAGGCAGAAGUAGAUAAAGCUUUAUGCUUCGUUCAUGAAAAGACCAGGCCAUCUGAUUUUCUUGAUAUGUUAAAUUCACUUCAAACACAGGAAGAGAACCAGGAAGAGAAUGACAGUGAUGAUGAUGUCAUUAUUCUAGAAACAGAAACUGUAAAUCUUGUUACUGAUGAAAGAAUUGUGGUUGAUGAAACUCUAAAUGUUAAAGAUAAAGGGAAGAUAUCUAAUGAAAGCAAUACAAAUGAUAUUAGAAGACUUCCUAAAGCACCUGGUCAAACCUCCUUACCAGAUGGGUAUAAGGAACGAUUGUUUCAGGAUUUCUUUACUGAAGAUGAAAAUUGCUCUGUUGAUGAACUUAAGAAGAGGAAUGCUGAACGACAAAAGUUGUUGCGACAAAAUUUUGAAAGUCAACAAAAAAAUGAUGCUAAUAAUGAAACUACACAAGAACAAACUGGUAAAAAACAAAAUAAAAGAGGAAAAAAUAGAGGAAAGAAAAAGAAGCAGCAGCAGCAGCAGCAACAGCAACAAUGUGUUGAAAAUAAACAAGAAAGGGAAGGCAUGCAUGAUAAACAAUUCCGCUUAGACACUAAUGAAAAUGAUAAAGCAUCUAAGAAUGAUGAUCAGACUUGUGUUUUAAGGGUGUGGAGUAAAGAUCAGGGAUCAACAAGUGCCAGUGUUGGGCAAUCAGCUGAUGAACCAUUUCAGACAACACCAAAACGUAAAGGCAGAAAUACCCAACAGCAGCAGCAGCAGCCUCAACUAAUCUCGGGAAAUAACAAUAAUGUAAGACAGAGAUCUCCAAACCCUGGUUUUCAAAAAGGGACACAGUGGGUAGAGCCUGUAGGCAGAGGUAAAAAGCCGAUGCAGAUUGUGACACCAGUAAAUACAACAGAAGGAGAUUUCAACAAGAUGGCCGGACAAGCUCAAGGUGGUCCAGUUGAGGAGGACUUAAGAUAUAUUGUCAUUGAUGGGUCGAAUGUUGCAAUGACCCAUGGCAAUGGAAAACAUUUCUCAUGUAAAGGUAUAAAGAUUUGUGUGGAUUAUUUCCGUCAAAGGGGACAUAAAAAUAUAACAGUUUUUGUUCCUCAAUGGAGGCAGUACCAACCGAGUGAUACCAACAUGAUUCUAGAUCAGAACAUUCUAUAUGAACUAAAACAAGAAGAUAUAUUAGUGUUUACACCUUCUCGUAAAAUUGGCAGGAAACUUGUGGUUGCCUAUGAUGACAGGUUUGUUUUAGAGCUAGCUGAGGCUGAAGAUGGUAUUAUAGUGUCUAAUGACCAGUAUAGAGAUCUCAUGUAUGAAAAGGCUGCAUGGAGAAAGUUAAUUGAAGAAAG